AUGCCUGAAGAUUUGUUCUCCUCCCACGUCCCUUCCUCACUCAGCAGAGCCGCAGCCGCCGCUUCCUCUCUUCACCUCCAACAAGACCCUCCUCCCAACCCUAACCCUACUCCUCCUCCCGCCGCGGCCACCAACAACAACAAGCGCAAGCGCAACCUCCCCGGCACCCCAGGCAAGCACCAACUCCUCCCUUCCUUCCUCCUCUUAAAUAUCUAA